AUGUUUGGGGCUGCGCGCCAUGGUCGCUGUGUCUCCACCGCGGCUCACCGCGGCUCCUCUCCUGCGGACUCGCUCCCGCUCGUCUCCCCGUGGCCGCUGCUACUCGCGGCCAGGCGUUACUCCGUGCACCCUGCAGCUUCCAUACCGGGCACGGGACUUCUGUCUGCCUGCCGUUGUCUGCCUGCCACUGUCCACCCGUCUCCCUGCCUCCACUCACGGUUGAACAAGAACAAGCUGAAAACUGAACUGUCUCUCAUUUACAGCAAUGAUGAGUUCAAGAGCUGCAGUGGUGCUGUGGCUCUCUACCAGCUUUUCAUGGAGAACAAUCUUCAGGACACCUUCUCAGAGACUGUUGCUCUGCUUAAGAUCCUCAUCACAACUCCCAUGACCACAGCUGAAUCUGAGAGUUUAAUCCUGGCCCAAUUCCUCCCCCCUUCUCCUCCUCCGCGUCCCCUUUGGGUGUGCGGAUGGGGGAGGAGGGGUUGA